AUGAAGAAAUCUAACCGUAGUUGUUUGAAUGAACCAGACAAUUUUUGUUAUAUUUGUGGGCAAUUUACACCUCGUGAUCAGCGAAAAAAUUUGUCAAACAGAAUAAAGAUUGCCUACUACCAUUACUUUGGAGUAAAGGUGGCGGAUCAAGAAAGAACCUGGGCUCCACAUAUUUGCUGCAGUGUUUGCUACGUAGGUCUCACUCAAUGGUUAAAUGGGAAAAGAAAGCAAAUACCUUAUGCCAUUCCAAUGAUAUGGCGUGAGCCAAGAGAUCACCAUUCAGACUGCUACUUUUGCAUGACAAAUAUACAAGGACAUUCUAAGAAAACCAAAGCAUCAAUUGUGUACCCUAAUUGUUCAUCUGCAAUAAAACCAGUUCCCCACAGUGUUGAAUAUCCUGUUCCAACUCCUCCUACAGACACUGUUCUUUAUAGCGAAGAAGAACAAAGUGGUGAUGAAAUGGUUGAUGUUGAAUACAAACCAGAUUACGACAAAGAUAAACCUCACAUGAUCACGCAGGGAGAACUUAGUGAUCUGGUAAGGGACCUUGGGUUAACUAAAAAUAAAGCAGAACUCCUGGGGUCUAGAUUACAGCAAUGGAAUUUACUGGACAGAGGAACUAAAAUAUCCCAUUUUCGUGACCGGCACACCGAAUUUGCAAAAUUUUACAACAAAGAGGACAAUAUAUGUUACUGUGUAGACAUUGCUGGAUUAAUGACAAAAUUGGAUGAUGAGUAUGAUCCUGUAGAUUGGCGUCUGUUUAUUGAUUCUAGUAAAGUCAGUCUAAAAGCAGUUCUGCUACAUAACGGAAAUGUUAAAACAUCCAUUCCUGUAGCCCAUGCAGUGGUUAUGAAAGAAACAUAUGAAUCUAUGAAGACACUUCUUAAAGUUAUAAAGUACACUGAUCACAACUGGGAUAUCAGUGGAGAUCUCAAA